GCGUCAUUAGCGCAGAGUAAGCAGCAAUCAGCCUCCAACGCGAUUGCGACAUGAUCUUUCUUCUGUGUUUAUCCCUCGACCAAAGAUCUAAAGCAACCACAACAGCUUCAACCGCAUCUCCCCAGCCCUAACCAUGGAGUUCCCCCACCCCAUACCCACCCUCCUAACCCUCCCCCUCGAACUCCGCCAAAUGAUCUACACCUACCUCUUCACCACCCAGCCCAUCACCAUCCAACACAAACCCAUUCCCGCCCAGUGCAGCAUCGACAACCGCCCCCUCUGCCGCAACCCAGAAGCCACCACCACCACCCUCAACAAAUCCGGGUACCAACCCAGCUACGCCCUCCUCCUAACCAACCGCCAACUCCACCACGAAACCCACUCCUACGCCUACAGCACCCCGCUCUUCCGCACCCAGCAAACAGAGGCAUUCGCCAACUUCACCAGCUGCCUCACCCGCCCCCAGAUCCACGCAAUCCGGCACCUCGCCUUCUUCCUCCCGCUCGCGCAGGGCAUGGAAACGCACGCCGCGGACUGGCACGAGACCUUCGCCUUAGUCCGGCACGCCUGCCCGCACCUCCGCUCCGUGUCCGUCGAAAUGGCGCUGGCGUUCCCGGCGGCCAGCGGGAGAGACACCUAUUGGGACGGGGGGUUGUUGGAGCUGGAUCGGCUGCGGUCGCUGCGGGGGAUGCGGGUUGUUGUUUACGGUGGCGAUCAUGUGGCGGCGGCGGCGGAGGUCGAGAAGAAACCUGAUGAGCCGUUCUUCCUGUAUGAGGCCGGGACGCUGCAUCCGGCUGCAUCGGAUAUUCGGGACAGGACUGCGGCGGCUGCGGCUGCGGCUGCGGCUGGUACUGGUAUGGACACUGGUACUGGUACUGGUUCUACUGCAGAUCAGCCGAUAAGCUUCCAUCACGCGCGGGACGCUCUCCGGCGGAGGCUAGCCCUAGCCCCAGCCCCCUCCAGCCCCAGUCCCGAUGACAACGAGGAAGACCCCGGCCGGCUGUUCUUCCGCACCUCGCCGGACGUCUUCCCCCUGUAUGUCCGGAAUCUGACGGAGAUGCUGCUCCGGCGGCGGCGAUCGCAUGCCGAGAUCCGCGGGGAGGAUCGCAUGCAGCGGAACGAGAUCUACCACUACGUGUACCUGGAUGAGAGGCCGUUCGAGAGGGGUCGGGUCUUUGGGUUUCAGUAUGGCAGGAGUGCGAAGUUGGAGGAGGGGGAGCUUGAGCGCGCGCUGGAGGGGCUGCGGCUGGCGAGGGAGCGGUUGCGUGUGCGGCGUGAGAAUGGGGAGCUGGGGGCUUGUUCGCGCCCUGGGCGGGUGGCUGUGAGGGAGAGACAUGGGCUACGUCAGGUUCAUGGUGGGGAGGGUACGGGGGCUAGGGCUGAGAGGCCGGGAGCUUGGAAGAAGCAGCUACUGCUGGAGGCGUCGGCGCCUUUGAUUGAAUCGUUCCCUGAUUGUAUAGCGCGGCCGUAUCGGUCUGGGGGGAGGGGCUCUGGUUGAUCGAGGGAGACGAUUUGAUGGGAAAGCACUUUGGGUUCGGUUAUACUGGAGCUAUUC